UACGGUUUCUAUUUUUAAGUACUUUUCUUGUUCCAUGAAAAAACGUAUCCGAAGUGGCUAUCUCUAGACCGUCAUAAAUUACAUUUUUUUUUUUUUUUCAUUUUUUUUCAUUAUAACAAUAUAACAAAAGAAAAAAGACACGACAAGAUAUGUGAGUAUAUAUACAUAAGCAUGUGUUAGGUAUAUAAAUCACUUUUUGCCCACCUCAACGGGUGUGUUAGUUUGCGAAAGGCUUUAGAGAAGUCAAAAUAUCAUGAAAUCGGACAUCACUCCACCAAUACUCACCGAAGAUGGCGACUGCAGCGAGAAUAAGAGAGUAAGAGUUGCUGAUCCGGGAUGUACCGUUGGCGGCGAGGACAGACCUGUGAAAUUACCAAAAAUCGAAGACGACGGGGAUGUUGGGACAUCAGGAGGAGGAACACAAGUUUUAGUCGAUGCACUUAUGGCUGACGUGGCAAUCAACGAUAAAGACGGCAGAACAAACGCCGUCCACGGAGUAGUCUCAGUCAUGGGACGGCAGAGAGCUAUGACAACCGCCGUUUCCACCGUUGUCGACGAGAUUCCGUCUUAUGACAUUUUCGGAAUUUUUGACGGUCUUAGGCUCGCUAAAUUCUUCGAGGACAGGCUGCGUCGGCUCGUGAAGGAGGAGGUAAAAGCAUGCUACGGCUGUGGGGCGGCGGCGGACUGGAAUAAAGUUAUGAGAUCGUGUUUUUCGGAAACGGUGGGGACAGUGGGGACAACCGCGGAAGAAGCGGUGGUUACGAUUGUCGGAAAAGAAGAGGUGAUUGUUCUGUGCCGUGGCGGUGCAAGGGUGGUUCUUUACUCUCAAGGCGGUGUAGCUUUGCCUCUAUGCCAUAUUCAUCAUCACAAGGUAGUGUUUUGUUGCAUUUAAAUUCAUUAAAUUAAAUCACUUAUUUUGCAUUA